AUGUCCACUCCUGGGUUUUCAGAUGCUGGAGUAUGGUCUCCAUCCAACAUCCUGACUAUCCAGAAUGUGGUCUGGUUGAUUUUGUCUUGGCUGGCCUACCAGCUUCUCAAGGCUCUCUACAAUGUUUCUCCCUUCCACCCUCUGAGCCACAUCCCAGGCCCGAAGCUGGCCGCAGCGACGUACCUGCCCGAGUUCUACUACGAUGUGAUCAAGUUCGGGCGGUAUACCAGCGAGAUCAAGGAGAUGCACAAGAAAUACGGACCUCUCGUCCGCAUCAACCCAUACGAGAUCCACUGCAACGAUAUCAACUUCAGCGAUGAGAUAUACGCGAUCGGCGGCCGCAAGCGCGACAAGCCGAAGCAUCAGGUCGGUGGAACAGUAGCCCGGCGCGCCCCUGUGGCCAGGUUCUUCUCGCGCGGCAAUGUCGCGAAGCUGGAGGACGAGAUCAAGGAGCACGUUCAGAUGCUCUGUGACAAGCUGCUGAGGCAGAGUAAGCCGUUUGACGUCAAGACGGCGUACAGCUGCUUCACGGCGGAUAUCAUAUCUUCCUACGCUUUCGGCCAGAGCUUUGGAUUCCUGGAACAGGAGGGAUGGUAUCCCAACUUCAAGGACCCGACAGAAGCUGCCCUCCAAACCUCACAUUUCUUCAGGUUCUUCCCCUUCCUGAAGAGCCUCGACCAGCUCGCGACCUUGUUCGUCGACUACCUUCCUGAGGACGUGGGUCUCUUCGUCAGGACGAUGCAGAUCGAUCUCCCAGCAAGCAUCAACCAGACCAAAGCGAACGUCGAAGCCGGGCUGAUCCGGUCCGACAAGCGGCCAACCAUUUUCGGAUCCUUAUUGCUGGAGGAGGAGCUGGAGUCCACUGAGAAGGGGACUAAGAGGCUCGCGGCCGAGUGCUUCGCCGUCGUUGGCGCCGGGACCGAGACAACCGCGUCGGCUCUGGCUGUCAUCACGUACCACCUGUUGACCAAGCCACACCUGCUGGCGAAGCUGAUGGCGGAACUCGAGCAGUUCGGCAUCACCAAUUCUCCGCGGGAACUGCCGAGUUUUCCUGACAUGGAGAAGCUGCCAUAUCUAGGCGCCGUGAUCCAGGAGGGCCUGCGUCUUUCGUACGGCGUAGCCGCCCGCACCGCGCGGGUCGCUACGGAGGAGGACCUGAUCUAUCGCGGGGAGUGGAACAAGAAGCCCGUCGAGCAUGUCAUCCCGCGAGGCUAUGCCGUGGGCAUGUCGACCUUCAUUACGCACCAUGAUGAGACGGUCUUCCCCAAUUCUGACGAGUUCAUACCUGAGCGAUGGCUCGACGAGGAGAAUCACCGUCGUAAGGAAGUCGAUAGAGGGCAGAUGGCCUUCUCCAAGGGUUCAAGGAAGUGUCUAGCAAUGAACCUGGCACUUUGCGAGAUCCACUUUGCCGUUGCGGCUUUGGCCAUCCGGGUCCUUCCACGCAUGACUUUGUUCGAGACUACGGAAGACGACGUGCUGUAUGAUCAUGAUAUGUUCAUACCUAUGGUCAAGGCUGGAAGCAAGGGCAUUCGCGUCACGGUGUUUUAA